CUGAGGGCCGUGCCUGCAGAUAAACAGGAGGGGAGGCCAAGUGGAGGCUCUAAUCGGGGCCACCACUUGUCCCCCUCCUCCCACCUCCACCCCGAGAUGACUCAGCCUCCCUGUCGGCUCCUGGGGCGCUGAGUCAUGGCGGGCGGUUAUCAGCUCUGGGAGCAUCUUCACAGACCUCACAGCUGCCUGCCCCACCUUUGGCCUGGGCGGGUGCACAGGCCUGGCCUGGCUGUGGCCCCCGAUAGGUGCCAGAAUUAGCAGAGGGGUGCAGAGGGAUGUGCGGGGGCCUGGUGCCUGCUGACCUGUUGGCCAGCUCUCAGGAAGAGCGCUUCCUCUGAGGACAGAGGUCUUCACUGCGCAGUGGGCCUAAUGCUGUGCCUUACGCUCCGUCCCUGUUGUUACUUGUGUGACUGUGACCGAGCUCUCACACAGCUGGUCCUUUGCAGACCAGCGCACAGCCACUCCCUGGAGACCGUAGACACCCCGGGGGCUCUGCUCUCCCUAGGCUCACUCUGAGCGCUUGACCUGUGGGCUGAUGGGUGAGGGAGGGGCCCUUGUUCUUCCUCAGACGGGAGCCUGUGACCUUGGGUCCCCCUGCACGUGGUGGCGGGGUCUGGGCCUUCCACUGUGUCACUGGGCUGCCCCUGCCAGGCCUGGAGUGCAUUGCUGAACAUCCCCCGCCUCCCUGGACACGCUGGCCUGGGGCCCUGAGUACGGGACCCUCUCUCACUUGUUAGAAGCGCCUGCAUGCCUGUCCCUCCCCACUGGGGACGCCACAGGGCUGUCUGUGCUGCCGUGCGGGCAGCAGCUCCAUGCCCACCGUGGAACGCCCACGCGGACCCGUCGGUGAUCAGCUGUCUGCACACUCUCUCCCGCCGCAUCGCCACCGUGCUACAGCACGAGGAGCGCCGCUGCCAGUACCUCACGCGGGAGGCCAAGCUGAUCCUGGCGCUGCAGGACGAGGUGUCCGCCAUGGCUGACGCAAAUGACGGGCCUCAGUCCCCAUUCCAUCACAUCCUGCCCAAGUGCAAGCUGGCCAGGGACCUCAAGGACGCUUACGACAGGCGGGAAGUGCUCUCAGUGUCCCUGCCUGUUGCUGGCCGUGCGGUAAGCACCGCAUCUUGUGAAUUCUGGUUGCGAAACAGCAUUGACCGUGGACAGGAGGGCCUGCUGCUGUCCCGUGCGCAGGACAGAUGGGAACUCGGAGCCGCCCGCAGGGCCGGGGCCAGGGCCGGCUUGGGGCUCCCCCAACUGAGAAGCUUGUGCACGUCUGGUGUGGUGCGGCUCCACGUCAACAGCUGGCUGGAGGUGAGCUUCUGCCUGCCCCACAAGAUCCACUACGCAGCCAGCAGCCUUAUCCCGCCAGAGGCCAUCGAGCGCAGCCUGAAGGCCAUCCGCCCGUACCACGCCCUGCUGCUGCUCAGCGAUGAGAAGUCCCUGCUGAGUGAGCUCCCCGUUGAUUGCUCCCCGGCCCUGGUGCGCGUGAUCAAGACCACGUCCGCUGUGAAGAACCUGCAGCAGCUGGCCCAGGACGCAGACCUGGCCUUGCUGCAGGUUUUCCAGCUUGCAGCCCACCUGGUGUACUGGGGCAAGGCCAUCGUCAUCUACCCGCUGUGUGAGAACAAUGUCUACAUGCUGUCUCCCAACGCCAGCGUGUGUCUGUAUUCCCCGCUCGCCGAGCAGUUCUCACGCCAAUUUCCAUCUCACGACCUGCCAUCUGUCCUUGCAAAGUUCUCCUUGCCUGUCUCCUUGUCAGAAUUCAGGAACCCCCUGGCCCCCCCUGUGCAGGAGACGCAGCUUGUCCAGAUGGUGGUGUGGCUGCUGCAGCGCCGGCUCCUCGUGCAGCUGCACACCUACGUCUGCCUGAUGGCCGCGCCCAGCGAGGACGAGCCCCGCCCCCGCGAGGACGACGCGCCCCUGGCCGCCAGGGUGGGCGGCCGCAGCCUCAGCACGCCCAACGCCCUCAGCUUUGGCUCCCCAACCAGCAGCGACGACAUGACCCUCACUAGCCCCAGCAUGGACAACUCCAGCGCUGAGCUGCUCCCCAGCGGGGACUCGCCACUGAACAGGAGGAUGACGGAGAGCCUGCUGGCCAGCCUGUCUGAGCACGAGCGGGCCGCCAUCCUCAGCGUGCCUGCGGCCCAGAACCCGGAGGACCUCCGCAUGUUUGCCAGGCUCCUGCACUACUUCCGCGGCCGCCACCACCUGGAGGAGAUCAUGUACAACGAGAACACGCGGCGCUCCCAGCUGCUGGCGCUCGUGGACAAGUUCCGCAGCGUGCUGGUGGUGACCACCCACGAGGACCCGGUCAUCGCCGUCUUCCAGGCCCUGCUCACGUGAGCUGGGCGGGGGCACUGCCUCUCAGCCCUGGCUCUCUCCCCCUGCAGGGCCUUGCCCUCCUCAUCUUUGUCUUCAGGACAGCCUCAGACGCCCUGGGCUGGGAAGGUGAAGCUCGAGGCAGGGGUGUGACCAGCAUGCGGGCCUCUUGAGGGCUGCAUGCCUCCCACACGGUUCUGCCUGGGUCCCUCACCACCCUGUCUGCCUGUGGGCACCCUCCCCAGCCCCACCCUCCCCACUGUCCUCUGUUGGCCUCCCGGAGGCUGUGGCCUAGCAGUCCCCUCCAUGGCCAUCUGAGGCACCAGGACCUGGCUCAGGACGUCCUGUGGGGAGUUGCUCUCUCUGCUUCCCAUGGGGGUGCUUCUGCCAGGGUGGCCUCAGGCCUGAGAGAAGGUGGGCACAGUGGCCCUGGGUCCUCCCGGAGCAGAGCUGGCUGCCAGGGGGGCUCUGGCCAAGGUGCAAGGGACACUUUUCUAGAAACAGCGUUUAUUUCGUUUGUAAACAAUUAAAGUCCUUGUGGGAGCAG